UUCACCAAAAAAUCCUACAAAUUUUACCCCCCCAAAUUCCCCGCCAUUUGCUUCCCAAAAUUUCUCUCAUUUUCUGUUUCCAAUCUCUUCCUCUAGGCUCUAGGGCUCCAAACUCCAAACCUCUCUGAACUUAGAAAAACAAAAGAAGACCCUAAUUCCUUCCAAAAGGCCACCAGAUUUCCACGUUAUUACGCUUCGUACCACUCCUACAUGCUCUGGCACUGCCGAUUACGACGGACUCACCGGUUCACCAAUCGAUGAGCAAUCCAAUUGGUUCGGAUUCGGCCUCGGGCUUCUCCGGCUGGGGCAACCGUGGAAUCGGCCUCUCGAACACGGUACACUCGGAGGUCGCGCCGUGCUUGCCUCUGCCCUCGCUCCCGGUGUUCUGCGGCGCAUCCGAUCAGGAUCUCCUGCUCUUCGACGUGCCUGGCGGUGGUAGCUUUAAGUCGCUGAACCGCAGCGAGAUUCUUGCUCAGUCUAAUCGAAUCGCCGAUCUGCUUCGCCAAACCGAUGUGUCCUACUUGAAUCUAAAAAAUGAUGCAAGGGCAGCUCCAUAUGGCCAUGUGGAGCCUUUAGAAUUACAUGACCAGGUUCUACAAUGCUAUCCAGAAGCAUUUGAGUGCGGUACUGCAGGUAAGUUAGACAUAUUUCUAGUGGGUCUUGAACCAAUUGCCUCACCCUCCACCCUGUUUUGCAAUGCCACCUCUUUGCUUAUAAGAAUAUGGGGUCUUGACGAUAUCAACAAGGUCAAAAUGGCAAAGGGCAACUACUAUUGA